AUGGCUUGUGAGAAGCGUUUCAUCAACCCGUUCGCGGGCAAAGGGUCCGUCGAGGCACAACCUGAGGCUGAUGUCCGUGAUGUCGAGACUUCUACCGACGUGAAACACCCCAUUGAUCAAGCUAAACAGACUGAUCAGUCGUCGGAAAAUGAUGAAAUUAUCGAUGAAAAAGCGCAGUCUGGUACUCAGAAGGCGCAGGCGAGCACUCAGGCCUGGACAAGGAACACCCUCAUCGCAGCCUAUAUUCUUGCUUGGGUUGUCAAUUUUUUACAAUACUUCAGCUCCGGACUGCUCGGCUCCUUGUCGCCAUACAUCUACAGCGACUUCGAACUCCAUUCGUUGACCGGACUCACCUCCGUUAUCGCUUCAUUGAUCUCAGCUUUGGUCAAAUUCCCCUACGCGAAGUUCAUGGACAUUUGGGGUCGGCCACAGGCCUUUGCCGUGAGUGUUGGCUCCCUGACACUGGGCCUUGUAAUGAUGGCUGCAUGCAAGAACGUUCAGACCUAUUGUGCGGCACAAGUGUUCUACCAGACCGGCUUCAGCUGCAUUGACUUUUCCAUGACCAUCUUCAUCGCCGACACCACCGCCCUGAAGAACCGUGCGUUCUGGAUCGCCUAUGCCUCGUCUCCAUACCUCAUCACGCCCUGGGUCUACGGCUAUGCCGCCAAUCAGAUCGUCGCGCCGGGAGGAAUCGGGUACCGAUGGGGCUUCGGGGUGUUUGCCAUCAUCAUGCCUAUUGUCUGUGCUCCCCUGUGGGGUUUGUGGUAUUACAUUCAGAAGAAGGCCGAGCGGAUGAACCUGACCGAGAAGAAGAGCAGUGGACGGACUCUCUGGCAGUCUGCCGUCUACUACUGCAUCGAGUUCGAUCUCAUUGGUCUGGUAAUCAUCGCGACGGGGUUCUCUCUCUUCCUCUUGGCCUUCAACCUCUACUCCUACCAGCCCAACGAAUGGCGGUCCCCGCUUAUCAUCUGCUUCAUCAUCUUCGGGGCUCUCCUGAUCAUUACCUUCGUCAUCUGGGAGCGGUUCUUCGCCCCGGUCAAGUUCAUGCCGUGGGAGCUGAUCCAGAACCGCACCGUCUUCUUCACCUUCUCGAUGGUGGUCUCGCUCUACCUGGCAUUCUUUAUCUGGGACAGCUACUUCUACUCCCUGCUACAGGUGGUGUUCAACCAGACCGUGACCGAAGCGACCUACAUCUCCAACAUCUACACGAUCGGCUCCUGCUUCUGGUGUCUGAUCUUUGGGGCCGUGCUGCGCCACCAAGGCCUUCUGAAGUACUGGGCCAUCUGCUUCGGGGUACCGCUGACGAUCCUCGGCGUGGGGCUGAUGAUCAAAUUCCGCCAGCCCGACUCCAACAUCGGCUACAUCGUAAUGUGCCAGAUCUUCGUAGCCUUCGGCGGCGGCACGCUGGUCAUCUGCGAGCAGAUGACGGUGAUGGCCGUGUCGGCGCAGCGCAACAUCCCCGCCGUCCUGGCUAUCGAGGGCGUGGUGGCGAGCAUCGGCAGCGCCCUUGGCAGCACCGUGGCCGUGGCCAUGUGGACAGGCAUCUUCCCAGUCAAGCUGAAGGCUCUUCUUCCGGCCUCCGCGCAGGCCGACUUCACCACCAUCUAUGGUUCGUUGGCGGUCCAACAGUCCUACGCCAGGGGCACGGCCACCCGCGACGCUAUCGACCAUGCGUACGGUGAGACCCAGCGGCUGAUGCUCAUCGCGGCCACCUGUCUGUAUCUGAUCACUUGGACUUCGUGCUUUUUCUGGAAGAAUAUUGAUGUGAAGAAGAUGAAGCAGCAGGUGCAUGGUGUGCACUUCUAAGCGCCAGGUUUCUUUGUGUGGUUCCCAGCUGUUGAACUGCACAUACGGG